AUGGCGGGCCAGCAGUGGCCCUUACCGGAGCCCCACGAGGGGUGGCUGUUAAAGUCGGACCUGAGGAAGAAGGCGCUCAUAGAGUCGGGGCUGAUCAAGCGGUGGCAGUCAGGGCCGAAGCUGGACAAGAAGCCAGAGCCCAGAAAGAAGUGGAUGCCUGGGCCCAGGCCACUGGAGCCCUUGCCCCUGGGCGUGAAAUGUAAGCCCUCGUUCAAGGACAGGGACAGGUUACCUUCCCGCUAUCUCUCCAGGCAGAACAAGCUUGGGAAGUGCCCCACCUCCACGGGCAGCCGGAGGUGGGUAUUUGUGGAGGAGGGAGUGGACGACUUCAGAACGGGCUGUCCAUCUCCUGAAGAUGUGAUCACUCCUGGCCCUCGGGAAGGCUUUCUCCCCAUGAUUGCUCAUAGAAUUCCCCGCCCUCCGCCCAAAAAGACUCACAGGCAGCCGCCCAAGGGAGCGGACCUGUGUUCCACGCUCUUGGCAGCCCAGCCAGCACCGAAGGCCUUUGUAGAGAACACUGAAGCCAGCCUGACCCAGCAUCCCUUGGCAACCUACCUGAAACUGGAGAAAGAUCUCCCUCCAGACCUCCUGCUCAAGGUCCUGGAAGUGCUAGAUCCUGACAGGGAGCUGGAGGACACGUGGGCGUAUUGUGAGGGCACCAAGGAAAGAAAGAAGACACCCACACACCUGUGUGAAGAACAUCCUGAGGAGGUCAACCUGGAGCCUCCCCAGGAGGUCAACCUAGAACCUGCAGAGAAAGCCCACCUGGAAUCCACCAAGGAGAGUUUCCAGUCAAAUUUAAGCAGUUUGUUUCCUGAGGAAGAGACAAAAGCAUCAUGCAUGAUGGAAAUCCGCAAACUUCCUGUUUACCAAAAACAAAGAAGAGCAUCAGUUAUUAAAUUCUGCAGAUUGAUGAAUGAGAAUUUUGAAAACAUAGAUAUUGAUGAAGAGGACAUCAUGAAAAAGUUUGAAAUUAACCUUGAGGUCCCACUGACCGAUAAUACAGCCAAAAUAAAGGAAACAAGCCAGCUUCCUUUGAAUAUCAGGCCCUCCAAACAGCUAGAUGAAAUGAAGCAGAGAAAAUUCUCCAUGCAGGAAGGUAACUGGGAAAGGAAACUCCGAAAACCAGAAGACCCUUAUAAACCCAAACGGGAGAAGAUAAAGUAUGGAGCAUGGUACCUGGACCCCAAAUGCUGGAAAAAGCUGGCCAAUGACCAGCCUUUGCUCGACCCUAAACUUGUCCGUGCCAAGGAAUAUUGGAGCAAUGGAAAGCAUCUUGAACCAGACAUUUUUGAUGAACUUUAUGGACCAAUUGCUUUCAAAGAUUUCAUUGUAAGCAAGGGCUACAAGAUGCCAGGUGUGAUUGAGAAGAUGUUUAUGAGGAAGGGGUGGAAAUAUGAGUCUGUGACGACUCCUAUACACCGAGUAAUGAAACUCCUCUCCAAACCCAAAGAGGAGGAUUCAGAGGAAGAAGAGGAUUAG